CUUGAGCCGACCUGCACGCAGGCGCACCAUGGCCACUGCUGCCACUGCUGCCGCGACAGACUCGAAAGAGUCGUCCAAGGAGGCGAGGGCGCAGCGUCGCCUCGAGCUCCUCCAGCUCAACAAUGACGCCUGGCAACGCGCAGGGCCACCAGACGGCCUCGGCAAGCUCGACACCUCGCUCAAGCGCCACACCGCCCUCCUCGUCAAGCUCCGCUCGAGCCUCAACACGAGCGCCGCCAUCCCGGGUCUCCUCAACGAGAUCGCCCAGCUCAGCCUCGAGAAGUACGUCGAGGAGGCCGUCGGCGCAGUCGUCGAGGGCCUCGGCAAGUGCAAAACGGCCGCAGAGACGGCCGGCGCAGUCGAGGUCGUCUCGGCCCUCCAUCAGCGCUUCCCCGACCUGUUCACCCCUCCUUUCGCCUCGCUCCUCCUCCAGGGCCUCAAGCCCGCAUCCUCGACCGCCUCGGACCGCGACAUCCAGGACAAGGAGAACAACGCGCGCAUCGUCAAGCAGCGCGGCGUGCUGCGCGUCGUCGGAGAGCUCGAGGCGGUCGGGAUCGUCAGGAAGGGCGAGGGCAAAGGCGUGCGGGGCGAGGUGACGUGGGCUGCGCUCAAGGACCUUCUCACCUCGGACAAGGAGGCGCUCGCGCUCGUCGCGCCUCUCGCCAUCGCCUUCGCCAAACACCUCGGCCCCAUCUACCUUCCGCCCGUCGACCCUCCAGCCGCGACAGGCGACAGCGCCGAGCCGUCCUCGCACGACUUUCCCGCCAUGGGGGCAGACGUCGACGACGGGCUCGUCCCGCGCGAGAUGAAGGACAAGUUCCGCAAGCUCCUCGUCGCCUACUUUGACGCCCUCGGCAAGCGCGAACAGCGCCUUCACGUCGACCUGCAAAAGCAAGACAAGCGCAACCACGAGGCCUACAUCCGCUCGGGCGAGGUCUUCGAGGACCGCGAGAAGAACUACGAGAAGGCCGUAAAGUCGUGGGAGCGAGGGUGGGCGUCCGUCACUCAGCUAUCCGAGCUCCUGUCGCUCCAGCUCCCGGUUCUCCCGUCCCUCCAGUCGUCGCUCAACCCGUCGUUCGUCACGGCCGGCUCGUCGGGCGCCGCCGGCACCGGCAACGACGACCUCGGCCCGCAGAGCCUGUGGGCCGACGACGAGGAGCGCAAGUUCUACGAAGACCUGCGCGAGCUGAGGGGCGAGGUGCCGGGCGCGAUCCUCGGCGUCCCGGACGAGACCGAGAAGGGGGUCGAGGGGGAGGGAGCGGCGGUCGAGUCGGCGGCGGCGGUCGAGAGCGAGGUCAAGGAGGAGAUGCGCAUCGACGAUGAACGGGAGGAUGAACCUGUCGAGGACCCGGUCGCCAAACUCGACACGAACGAGCCGGACCCGGCCAUCCCGUCCGGCCCUGCCGCGCAGCUCAACGCCAUCUUUGCGCGCCUGCCCGAGGCGUCGUCCAAGGCGUCAAUCGACGCCAUCGCCUUCGAGUUCGCCUUCCUCAACAGCAAGGCCGCCCGCAAAAGGCUCGUCAAGACGCUCGGCUCGGUCAGCAGGAACCGCCAGGACAUCCUGCCGUACUACGCUCGCCUCGUCGGCACCCUCAACCCGUUCAUGCCCGAUGUCGGCAAGGAGCUCGUCGCGCUCCUCGAGGACGAGUUCCGUUACCUGCAGCGCAAGAAGCAGGCCGACCUCGGUGAGAGCAGGUCCAAGAACCUGCGCUUCGUUGCCGAGCUCACUAAGUUCCGCGUCACGCCCGAACACGUCAUCUUCCACAUCUUCAAGGUCCUCCUCGACGACUUCUCGGGCCCCAACAUCGACAACUUCUGCACGGUGCUCGAGGCGUGCGGCCGCUUCCUCCUCCGCAGCGAGGCGACGAGCGAGCGCAUGAAGGUGGUCGUCGACACGUUCAAGCGCAAGAAGGCGGCCAUGCACCUCGACGAGCGCCAGUCGGCCAUGCUCGAGAACGCCUACUACCAGUGCGACCCGCCCGAGCGCCCGGCCAUCCCGCCCAAGGAGCGCACGCCGAUGCAGCUGUACCUGCGCCACCUGUUCUACAACGUCCUCAACCGCAACUCGAGCGACAAGGUCCUCAAGCUGCUGCGCAAGCUCCACUGGGAGGACCCCGCUGUCGUCCGCAAGCUCCACAACGCGUUCACCAAGGUCUGGAAGAUCAAGUACAGCAACGUGCACCUGUUCGCUGUCCUCCUGUACGACCUCGGCCGGUACCACCCCGACUUUAGCGUCGGUGUCAUCGACGACGUGCUCGAGAACGUGCGCACCGGCAUGGAGGUCAACAACUUCAAGUACAACCAGCAGCGCGUCGCGACCGUCAAGUACCUCGGCGAGCUGUACAACUACCGCGUCGUCGACUCGCGCGUCGUGUUCGACACGCUGUGGUCGCUCGUCACCUUCGGCCACCCCGAGGGUCGCCCUUCGCCCGACGCGCCGACCCCGAUCGACUCGCCCGACGACUACUUCCGCAUCCGCCUCGUGUGCACCCUCCUCGACACGUGCGGCGCCUGCUUCGACCGAGGCGCCCUCAAGAAGAAGCUCGACAACUUCCUCGUCUUCUUCCAGAUGUACGUGCUCGUCAAGGGCGCGCUCCCGAUGGACGUCGGCUUCAUGUACUCGGACACGCUCGAGCAGGUCCGCCCCAAGCUCGUCCGCUUCCAGACGUACCCCGAGGCGGCCUUUGCGGUCGACGACAUGAUGGCUGCGGUCGCCAAAGACGCGUUGCCGGACGAGGAGGUUGAGGAGCAGGACGGGCAGGCCGGGCCGCGGCAGGGCGCAGACGAGGAGGGCGAGGACGGCUCCGAGACCGAGGGCGACAGCGAGGACGACACGACCGACGGCGACGAGCUCGCCGACCCGACCGCCUUUGACGACGAGGACGCCCAGGGUGCCGAGCGCGGUCGGGACCCGCACGCCAUGACGCAGGACGAGGAGGACGACUUUGCGCGCGAGCUCGCCAAGAUGAUGGUCUCGUCGAGCGAGCAGCGCGAGCGCAAGCCGGUCGCGCUCGACGUCGGCAUCCCGCUCAUCCGGCGGCAGAGGGCCGAGGAGCGACCGGUCGAGGAGCUCGAUGCGGCGGCGCAGGAGGAGCAGCGCGGCAUGCAGUUCACGCUCCUGACGAAGCGGGGCAACAAGCAGCAGGCCCUCGCCAUGGAGAUUCCUCGCGACUCGUCGAUCGCGAUGAGCUCAACGCUGCAACGCGAGCAGAACAAGGCCGAGCAGGAGCGCCUCAAGCGGCUCGUCCUCGACUACGAGUCGCGCGAGGAGGAGGCCGACAAGCAGGCCCUCAAGGAGACGCUUGCACGCCGAGGUUUCGCCCUCAGUUAUGGCGCUGAGAACCGGCGCAAGGGCGUCAAGGUGCAGGUCGUUCCCUAAAUCUUCUCGUUCCCCUCCCUUCCCCCUCCCUUCCCCCUCGUCGAUUCCUCUCCUCGACCAUCUCCUCGUUGUGCCCCUCCCCUGUUGUACUCUCUCGUCGUCAACCUCUCUCGUGCCCAGCACGAGGCAGUCAUGACGCUCUUCCGCCUCCCGUCCCGACCAGGCCCCGUCCUCGACCAACACGGCGACCUCGACUUCAGCCUCGCCCUCGCCCAUCCCUUCCUUCUCCUCGCCAACCUCGUCGCGUUUUCCAACCCGCCCUCUCUCGGUACAAGGACCGGCGGGCGGCCCCGAGCCGGCGGCCCCGCUUGCGCCGCCGCCGGCGCUGUCGCCGUCCACGAGCGCGAGCGGCGGGCCUCGUCCUGGACGCGGUGGGACCGGGUCGAGCCAUGACGCGCACGCGCCGCGCAGGAGCCCGUCCGGUCGAGGCGGUCGUCCUGGUCGGGGCUCGGCGUCGGCGACGCCGGGGCGCGGCGACGCUCGCGGUGGGCGAGCGAGGGAGGGCAGCGGGCGUGCGUCGGCGCGCGACGGCUUCGACAGAUGGCAGGAGCGGCCGGGCAUGUGGAGCUGACGGAGGGAGCGCAGUGGCGAGCAACGACGGGCAGCUUCUUCCUGUG